AUGGCUCUGCUUGAGCCUCCGUCUUCUCGUUCCUCAGUUCUCCUUCUCCGUCUCUCCAUGUAGUAGGGUUGGAUUCCAAUUUGGGUGGAGAGGGAGGGCUAGGGUUUAGGGUUUGGAGUCAAGCCAACGACCUCGCCCAUGUCGUCCUCGUCUCAAGUACGGGUUGGCACUCUAGUCCCCAUUGCUGAAGGAAAUGCUGGGUCGUCAAAUGGAACGGUGUUAAGCAUUCCGAUCUAUCUGGGUGCCAAUGUCAUUGGGAGGAAUCAUCUGGUGGUCGUUGACAAGAGAAUCAGCCGCAAGCAUCUGAGCCUACACGCCACGGCCGAUGGUUCCACUGAAGUUGUAGUGGAAGGACCAAAUCCUGUCGUUGUCCGGUCAGAGGGCCAGAGGAGGAAGGUUUGUGCUCAAGAGAGAGUGAAGAUUGUACAUGAUGAUGUCCUGGAACUGAUCCCUGGUGAAUAUUUUGUUAAGUAUGUGAAUGUGGGGGAUGACCGUAGAAGUUCCGCAUUGAUGGGUUCCAGUGAGUUAAAAAAGGGGAAGAGGCACAGUGAGGAAGAUAGUGUAGUUGUCAAAAGGAAUCGUCAGAUCAUGGAAGACGAGGCUUUGGCAAGAAGUUUACAGGAAGGCUUUGCAGAAGAGAGUGCAACUAUUUCUGGCCUGGGUUGUGAUCAAAUAUCAAGACCACUUGAUAGUACUGGUUCUUCUGAGAGAAUACAAUCUGUUGGUCCUCUGAAAGAUGUACUUUCAUUAACUCUUCGGCUCAUGCGUGUCCAAGGUCUUCCUUCAUGGACUAAUACUUCAUCAGUUACCAUUCAAGAUGUCAUACAGGGUGAAGUGCUUCUUGCUGUACUCUCAAAUUAUAUGGUGGACAUUGAAUGGUUGCUUACAGCAUGUCCAAGUUUAAGGAAAGUUCGACAUGUCCUAGUUAUACAUGGAGAAGAUGGUGCUUCAGUGGAACUUUUGAAGAAAGUGAAGCCAGCAAAUUGGAUCCUUCACAAGCCUCCACUUCCAAUUUCAUUUGGAACACAUCAUUCAAAGGCUAUGCUGCUUGUAUAUCCUCAAGGGAUUCGUGUUGUUGUGCACACAGCAAAUUUGAUAUAUGUUGACUGGAAUAACAAAACUCAGGGGUUGUGGAUGCAAGAUUUUCCCUGGAAGGAUACAAAAGAUGUGAACAAAAAUGUUUCCUUCGAGAAUGAUUUGAUUGAUUAUCUGAGUGCAAUUAAGUGGCCUGAGUUCAGGGUAAAUCUACGUGUGGUUGGUGAUGUCAACAUCAAUGCAGCAUUCUUUAGGAAGUUUGAUUAUAAGAGCUCAUCGGUCAGGUUGAUUGGAUCAGUUCCUGGUUAUCAUGUUGGCCCCAAUAUUAAAAAGUGGGGCCAUAUGAAGCUUAGGAGUGUUCUUGAAGGGUGCACAUUUGAACAACAGUUUUGCAAGUCUCCGCUGAUUUAUCAGUUCUCUUCCUUGGGUUCACUUGAUGAGAAAUGGAUGAGUGAGUUUGCAUGCUCAUUAUCAGCUGGUAAAUCAGAUAAUGGUUCACCGUUGGGUAUUGGUAAACCUCUGAUUGUCUGGCCUACAGUGGAGGAUGUUAGGACAUCAAUAGAGGGUUAUGCAGCUGGUAGUUGCAUUCCAAGCCCUCAAAAGAAUGUUGAAAAAGAUUUCUUGAGGAAGUAUUGGGCCAGGUGGAAAGCAGACCAUGUAGGCCGUUGUCGUGCUAUGCCUCACAUAAAAUCUUUUACUCGAUACAAUGGUCAAAACAUUGCAUGGUUUCUACUGACCUCAUCAAAUUUAAGCAAAGCUGCUUGGGGUGCGUUGCAGAAGAAUAAUACACAACUGAUGAUACGCUCAUAUGAGUUAGGUGUACUGUUCUUGCCCCAAACCCUCCAAUCUGUAUCACAAUUUUCAUGUACUGGAAAGAAUAACUUAAACCUGGCCCCCGGGAAAGAGAUCAAGACCAAGCUGGUCACACUCUGCUGGAAAAGCGCCGACGAAAAAGAACCAUCCACCGAAAUCAUCAGAUUGCCAGUGCCAUAUCAACUUCCUCCAAAGCUUUACGAAACUGAAGAUGUCCCUUGGUCUUGGGAUAGGAGGUACACGAAGAAGGACGUGUAUGGCUCAGUAUGGCCGCGCCAUGGUUAGGUAAGCCGAGCAAGAAAGCCGGGAUAGGUUACCCUGUCAGUGCUCCUGCUCAAAUCAUCGGCAUGGUUAGGAAUUGUAGUGCAGUUUGCUAACCUGGAGGAUGCAUGCAUUGGAAUAUGAAAAAGUAUAUAUAUAAUAAAUAUAUUGGAAUUUGAAACAGUUAAGGAUAUUUUAGUCUAGCUAUCUUGUUUUGUAUUGUUAUGUGUGAUUUAAGUUAAAAAUAAAGUUUUCUUUGCACGGAUGAAGUAGAAACUUGUAUGAGCACAGGAUAUUUUGUUUCUUGUUGGUACGAAUCGUGUGCCAUGUCUGCCUCCGAUUG